AUGGGAAAACUUCUUUCCUUAUUUUGGGAAGUAGAUCCUGCCCCCAUGCCUCUAAGUUUCACCAUUCCAGAUCAGGAUUACGAGUGCCAGCAGGAUGACUCUUGUGGGGCAAUAGGGAUCUUCCUCUUUUGGUAUUUUGUCGUUAUUUUGGUCCUGAUGUUCUUCUCUCGGGCUCCUAUCAGGAUGUCUGAGAAGAAAAAGAAGGAAGACAGUAGGACAAACAUUUUAGUAAGUAAAGCAAGCAAAGAUACUUCCUGUAAGUGGCAAAACAAAGAUGGUGCCUGGGACUCUUUACAAACGAAGAAAAAACCAAAGCAGGGCCAAUUUACUCCUACAACUGACUCAGAAGUGGCUUUGGUCAAUGCCUAUCUUGAACGAAGACGAUCUAGGCACCAUUUGCAGUUCAGCCAGGUGAAUCAGACCCAACGUGACAGUGAUACCACUGAGUGUGACAGUGAAGAAUCUGACUCGGGAGCCUCCUCAUGGAAGGAGAGUGAAAGUGGACAACCGUCACCCGCCGACAUUACAAGAAAAACAGCUGAGAGACAAAAGAAUGUGGGAUGUUACCAAAUCAGGCAAAGGCCUUGCUCCCACUGCAAAGCCAUGAGAACCAAUGAAUGGUUGACACGCCACUUCCUUCAGAACACUUCAAUAACAGCCCCAAUGAAGAGAGAGAUUCAAGAAGAAAAUUCUGAACCCGACAACACAAAAUUCAGUUCAUUUUGAAUUUUAUCAAGUCCUUACCUUAUUUUAAGCCAAAUAAGAGAGAUAAAUAAAACAUGAAAAAUCACCAGAGCUCUAGGUGAGGAGGCUUUUUAUAACAAAGUCUCUCUAUUAACAACAAAAACAAAAAUACUUGGAACCC